AUGGCUUAUGUAGGUGGGAAGAUUGAUUAUGUUGACCAGUGUGAUAUUGAUAAGAUGUCAGUGGAAGAAAUAGGAGAAAUGCUUAAGGAUUUGGCUCACAGGGAAACGUUUUUCUACUACUAUCUAGAACCCGGAAGGGAUUUAAAUACAGGUUUGAAAGAACUGAGGGGGGGCCGUGAUGUGAGCUUGUUUUGUAAGUAUGUAAUGACACAUAAGUUGAUGGAAAUUUACUGUGAUUCUAAUUCCCCGGUUGUACAAAACUAUAACUCAGAGUCUAAUAGAUCACAUGAACAGGAUGGAUGCUUGAUAGACUUAUUGGACAGGACUGGAGGAAUUGUUAGGGAGAAUAAUGUUGUGGUUAAGAAUGAUCCCAAACAAAGUAAAAAAGAGACUGUUAGAGAAAAUGAACAGAUUAACACUAGAGAGUUGCAUGGGGAGGCAACAAUUGUUGGAAAAUUUGGUCAAAAGGAGCAAGGUGACAAUAAUUAUGAUGGUGCUACGUUUGCUAAUUAUGGUGAAUAUGGCUAUGAUGAUUACCUUUUUGAUGUAUUUGUGGAAGAUCAAUCCAUAAAUGAAAGUCUAGAUAAUCAAGAGACAAAUGUGGGGAAAAAGAAAAGGAAUGGAGAUAGUGAAAAUGGUGGAGAUGUUGGAGAAGGGGAAUUCUUGAGUCUGUUUGAUGAGGAUAAUAUUAGUGAGGGCUUGAAUAGCUAUAUUGGUUCCUCGGAUGAUGAUGAAAAUAAUCCACAUGUAGAUGUUACAUAUACAGAUUAUAAACCUGACAAUGAAUGCAAAGACCUAGAACUCAAGUCUGUGGGUUCUACAGAUCUAGUUGUGAAGAGGAUGAAGCUCGAACAUUCUGCUGCGCGCAUGUAUGUGGAUAGAAUAAAGAGUAACCCAAAGAUGCCCCUUGGUGCAUUGAGGCAAAUAACUGAUGAAGAAUAUCAUGCUAAAAUUACCGAGUCCAAGGCAUAUAGAGCUAGGGUAAAAGCAUCACAAUUGAUACAGGGGUCCUUUGACAAGCAAUAUGCUAUAAAACGAGAAUAUGCAUUAGAAUUGGAGAAAUAG